AGAUCAGUAAGGGCAUAACCGGUUAGUGUAGAUCCAGCCUAACUAACAGUGAGAGCCGGAAUCCUAGUUAUGCAAUUAUGCAGUGAAUUCUGAAUGCACAACCUAAUCAACAAUUAUGAGGAAGAAGCUGGUGUGAUUUAUGGGGGUCUGCAUUGGAGGAAGAGACACAGAAGACUGGAGGGAUGAGAGAUCACAUCCCAAUAUUCUCUUUUGGACUAAUCAAAUCAAAGACACAGCUGAUCCAUUAGGCUCCCUGAAUGCUUAUCCUCUUGGCCACUAUCCUUUGCUCAGGAAUAGAGCUAAAUUGACCGUUUGUGUAGGGAUGGAGCGGACAUUGAGAAUAUUCAAACAAUGGUCACAAAUGGGUUUCCCAAGGAUUGGAAAAUGAAAAGCACUGACAAGGAGAACCUUAGACAGAUGAGGAUUUUCACAGAACAAGACUUAUUUUGUAUGAAAAAUGUUUAUGCAGACUUCCGGUUGGUGGCUGCAGGAUGGCUGACGUGCCUCUUUGGAGCUCUGAGAGGCAGCCAGGAUACUGAGCUAGGGUGGUGUUUUCCCCCUCCUCUAUGUGGCGGAUCGAGGCCCAGGAGGUGCGACCCUCACCGCACGACUGGGGCGCCUCCCUCAAGGAGACGUCCCCAAGACGCCCGGCAACAGCGUGCAAAGAGGGGCAGCUUGGACCCUAGGCACAGGAGCCGACAGGCUCCCUUCAGAGCCACUUGCUACCAGCAUAAGCAUUCAGGAAGAAUCCUUCUAAAGGAAAGGAGGCAUCACAAUCAAAACAUUGACCUCGGAGGGAAAAACCCGGUUUUGCUGUCAGCCUUAAAGAAGCAAGGACACGUGUCGGAUUUCAAGAGGAGAAGAUAUUUGCAAACCGGAGGUAAGGAGAGCGGUGGGCAGUGAAGAGGAGGAGAGGAGAGGAAGGUGGAAAGCAAAAGGGAGAGACACCCACCGCAAGAAGCUGCGGAUCAAUCUCACACCCGUGAAUCGCCAUUGUAGUGUCCUUGGAAUCUUCUUUGUUUUGUCUAGAAGCUCUGUCUUUAUAAACAACUGGCGCAACGAGAGGGGUGGCUAGAAAAACAGGAAGCCAGUGGAUGCAGCAAGAGGGGAGGACAGAAAAACAGGAAGCUUGCGGAUGCAGAAGAGGGCUGGAGGACUGGGAUUAUAUGAGUGAAAAAAGGAGGAAGGGAGACGAGGAAAAGACGGAGAAGCUGGAUGGGAUGAGUUUGGAAGGGUGAGUAAAAGAGGAAGAUUGCGGAGGCCUCGGGAGCCAAAUGGAGAGAGCGGGAGAGAGAAAGGACGACAGAGAGGAGCGACGAUGGCAGUGUGCUUGGGAAAACAGGAAGAGGUCAGCGAGGGAUGAGACAAAGGUGAAACUUAGAGCUAUGGAGUGCUACUAGAGGUAUAAAGGGAAGAGCAAGCUGAUGAAAUAAGUCACCUCUACCCCUUUGAAGAGUGCAACCUUGUAAAGUUCUGAGCAAAGCAAAUCACCCCCCCCCAAAUUAAAUAAAAAAAAUCUUUUAAAACUGAUUAUCAAAAACUAAUCUAUAAUCAAUACACAUACAAUUCUACAUUAAAUCCUAUAAUCAAUUUAUGUCCUGAUAUUUAUCAAUUACUGCUAUCUGGAUAACCCCCCAAUAAUAAUAAAAUAUCGGUUAUACUGAAUUGAUUGUCAGAUAUAAUCUAAAGGACCCAUAGAAUUACUUAAGAGUAAAAGGAAGGUCUAUUGAAAAUAAAAGAAAAGAGACUGAAAAUGCAAGGUUCAAAGGGAAAGCCUUUACAAACCUCAAGACUUCAGACUAAGAGAGACUCACUUCCAGAGGAGAUCGGGUUCAAAGAGAUUCUACUUGAGAUGCAAAAAAUAGCACUCAGACAAGACACGCAAUUUCAGGCCUUACAUGAAGAAAUUCAAAGUUUUAAACAAGAGUUAAAAGAGGAAAUGAAAUCGAUAAAAGAAGACUUAGAAAACGUGAAGAAGGAAAAUCAAAAAAUGAUUAAAUUGCAUGACAAGUUGGAGUUCAGGGUUGAGAAAUUUGAAAAUCUGAAUCAAAAAUCCCAGUUACAAAUGGAAAUGAUAGAAAAAAGAGAAUUAGUAUAUCAAUUAAGAUUCAGGAAUUUAGAAGAGACAGCAAAGGAAAAUUUAAAACAAAUAAUAACAGAUAUAUUAGCAGAAUUGAUGAACACCAGUACGGAGGAGAUUGAUCAAAAUUUGGAUAGAGUAUACCGAAUUAAUACAGGUUACUCUAAGAGAAACAAAACAAGAGAUGUGAUAAUAACUUUUGGUAGGAAAUGCAUAAGAGAUGAAAUUCUAAGAGAAAAUGCAAAAAGAUCGAUCUUCUACAAAGAUAAAAGGGUGAUUAUCAUGAAAGAAGUCUCGCAGCAAAGCCUGGCCAGACGUAGAAAGUAUAAUUUCCUGACUGAAGAACUGAUUAAAAGAAAGAUCAAAUUUAGGUGGGAGAAAACAGAGGGUAUUACAGUGACUCUUAACGAUACAAGACACUGGCUCAAUACUGAGGAGAAGGCUAGAGCCUUCUACACAGCACAUAUAAAAGAGAAAUCACACACGCAAUCGACAAAAAGUUACAAGACACAUGGAAAAGGUAAACAAGCUAAUAUGCAAGAUAGAAAACUGGCCGAGAAGGAGACAGUAGAAGAGGAAGAUGAUCUAGAAGAAGAAGAAGAGAAAACUAAUAAUGCCAAAAGUGAGAGAAACUUUUCCACUUGCAAUCCCUUUCAGCCUGAGAGACGUUAAUGUAAACUCUGGUAUAUAGGUAUAUAAAAUAGGUAUAAAAAAAAACAAGCAUUUACUGAUAAUAAUCAGCAUUUGCCAGGCUUGCUAAACAGGUUGAUUUUCUUUUUGUGAAGUACAGCUGAAGUAUCUUUUGCAGAGUUUACUGUGAACAUUGCACAACAGAUUUGUGUAAAUAGACAGCCACUAGGUGAUAUUCUGAAAACUUUUACUGUUGCCAAAUUCUUCAGGACCCCGACAUUGAGCUAAGAGGACCACAUUUGGGUUUGGGACCCACAGUUUAAGAAGCAAUGCAAUAGAGGACAGUUUCCUCUCCUUUAUUCAAUCUACAAUCAAACAGCAGUUUUCUUCUAUAUAUGGAAUGUGGACAGAUCAUUAGCUCCUACAUUUCCUGGGUUGUGUAGAUAGAUGUAAAGAACAUUCGUGAAUAACUCAGAACAUCAUUUAGAGAAAAUAUUUUGAACAGUUAUGAGAUUUUAUUGUCCCUAAACAAAAAAACCAGCAUGUUUUUCAUCUACUUCUAAAACAGCAAGAAAUGCACAAAGCACAGGUUUAUUUUAUUAAAAAUGCAUUUCCCCCUGAAUAUAUUUUACUCAGAAGACUUUUGGGAAUUUUUUUUGGCAAAAUGGCUCUAAAAUGUGGGAAAUCAUUUAAAAAUACACCCAAGUGAAAGAAACUUUUCAAAUUUUUCAUUCUCAUAAGAAUGUAAUGAGCAAAAAUCCACAUCCUUAGUUCUGUAAUGAUGGAAAUGGUAUGAUUGUAGUUUAGGUUCCACAAGGCCAGAUCCAUUACCUAGAUUUUAUUUAUUUACAUAUUUAUUUUAAGAAUAUCUUUCUUCUUGCCAAUUUUUUAUAGUUUUAAUCUACAGAUGGACAAAAUGAAAUGUCUUUGUCAAAAAUUCCACUGAAUAAAAAAGAAAAGUAAACACCCCUGAAUCCCAUGUCAGACACCAAUAAGCUGAACUUGGACUGGACUGAUUGGACUCAUAUCAAAUUGCCUCAUUUGGCUGAAAGGCAGGAUGAUAGGAAAAUCAUUGUAUUUGGAGGGUGGGAUGGAGUCUGCAAGCACUGAGACAAAGCGGAGUGUGACCUGGCAUUUGUGCUUCUAAUGUACUCAAGGCACUUUGGAUAACUCCUUUAGAAUUUG